AUGAGGUCCCUGGCUGGAACUAGCUGCUUUUCUACAAUGAAGCAACGAGCGCACAUGGAUGGAGAUGUGAUGAUUGCUGGGUUUUUUCCUCUCUACACUUUGGGAAUAGAUCACAGUCACAGUCAUAUUUCCAGGCAAGAAGAGAACAAGAUGUUUAUCUUCAAGAACUAUCAGUGUGUUUUGGCCUUAGCUUUUGCUAUUGAGGAGAUAAACAAAAACUCUGAUCUUUUACAUAAUUUAACUUUGGGAUUUGAUAUCUAUGAUGUUCACUUCAGAGCUUGGACAAUGUUUAAGAAUCCCUUCAUUUUUCUUUUUGGGAAGUAUAAGAUUCCAAACUACUCCUGUGUGAGAGUCAGCAAGUCUAUAGCAGUAAUUACAGGACCAUCAGGAAUAACAUCUGACCAGAUUGGGACAUUGCUAGGACUCUACAGAUUUCCACAGUUUACCUUUGGGCCUUUUGAUCAUGCCCUGAGUGACCAUAACAAGUUUCCUGCUCUCUAUCAGAUGGCCCCAAAGGACACAUCAAUAGCCACUGCUAUAGUCUCCUUACUGCUUCACUUCAGCUGGAACUGGGUGGGACUGCUGACCUCACAAGAUGAGAAUGCUUCAUGGGUUCUUGCUGAAUUAAAAGAAGAGAUGGCCAAGAACAGAGUUUGUAUAGCCUAUGAGCUAGUGAUGUCAACCCAAGACGCAUCACAUAUAUUCAAACUCGUAGCAGUUCAUAAAGAGAUAAAUGUAUCUUCAGCAAAUGUCAUCAUCAUAUAUGGUGAUAAUGAUUCCCUGAUAGCUUUAAUGCUGCACACUUUUCUGAAGAACUUCCAGUUUUAUAAUCCAACUGGAGAUCAAGUGAUUUGGGGUGAGAAAAGGAAAUUGGAGCCAGAGUAUGAUAUUCUAAACAUUUGGAAUUUUCCAGAGGGUCUUGAACUUGAGGUGAAAGUAGGAAAGUUUUCGCCAUAUGAUCCACAUGGCAAUCAACUGUCUUUAUCUGAAGAUAUGGUAGAGUGGGCAAUCGGAACUACAGAGACUCCUCACUCUGUCUGCAGUGAGAGCUGUGGUCCUGGAUUCAGGAAAUCUCCUCAGGAGGGAAAGGCUGCCUGUUGCUUUGAUUGUACACCUUGCCCAGAAAAUGAGAUUGCUAAUGGGACAGAUAGAGAGAAAUGUCUGCAGUGUUCAGAUCAUCAGUAUGCCAACACACAGAGGACUCAGUGUUUGUUGAGAGCUGAUAGUUUCCUGGGUUUUGGAGAUCCCUUGGGCAUGGCUCUGGUUGUCAUGGGCCUAUGCUUUUGUAAGCUCACUGCAAUUAUUCUUGGAAUAUUUUGGAGACACCAUGACACUGCCAUUGUCAAGGCCAAUAAUAGGGCUCUCAGCUACAUCUUGCUCAUCUCCCUCAUCUUCUGUUUCCUCUGUUCUUUGCUCUUUCUUGGCCGUCCCAACACAGUCACCUGCAUCCUGCAGCAGAUCACAUUUGGGGUUGUGUUCACUGUGGCUGUUUCCACAGUGUUGGCCAAAACAGUGACUGUGAUUCUAGCUUUCAAGGCCACUUCCCCAGGGAGAAGAAUGAGGUGGCUGCUGGUAUCAGGGGCUCCUAACUUCAUCAUCCCUAUUUGUACUUUGAUCCAACUGACACUUUGUGGAUUCUGGCUGGGAAGCUCUCCUCCCUUUGUGGAAACAGAUGCACAUUCUGAACCUGGCCACAUCAUCAUCCUGUGCAACAAGGGCUCCCUCACUGCCUUCUAUUGUGUCCUGGGAUACCUGGGUUCUCUGGCUCUGGCCAGCUUCACUAUGGCUUUUCUGGCCAGGAACCUGCCUGACACCUUCAAUGAAGCCAAGUUCCUGACCUUCAGCAUGUUGGUGUUCUGCAGUGUGUGGCUCACUUUCCUUCCUGUCUAUCACAGUGCCAAGGGGAAGAUCAUGGUGGCUGUGGAGGUCUUCUCCAUCUUUGCCUCUAGUGCAGGACUCUUAGGCUGCAUUUUUGUCCCAAAGUGUUACACCAUCUUGUUAAUGCCAAAAAGAAAUUCUCUGCAUGGCUUCAGUGAUAAAAGACAUAAUAGUAGAAAUAAGCAUUCUUAA